UUAGAGCAAAAUUUUGUAUUUUGGUCUAGACAACCCAAAAUGUGAUGUCCACAUAUGUGGUAACCAUGUCCUAGGAGGUUAAACUGACGUUUCAUUCUAGUUUAUUUGUAAUUUACCUGCAUUUCUUUUUUUGUUUUUUUGUUUCGUGUUUUGAUUUGAUGUAAAGCACCUUUGUAACACCUGUUGUAUCCCGACAUGUGCUACACAAAUACAUUUACCCACUUAAACACACCGACACAGCACAAAACAUAAACACAAUAAACAAACACAUUGUUUGAUUACACUCACCUCAUCAUUAUACAAACGAUGAGGUGAGUGUAACCAACAACAUCAGAGGGUACCUGGUGACAGCAGAGAGGAAGAACUCUCUUUAAUCGGGAAGAAAACCAGGAUCAGGGAGGAGGAGACAGGAAAAGAGGACGUGAUGUUUCUCAAUAAAGUCUUUCUUUACUUCAGUCCACACAAAAACCAACCACAUGGACAGCAUCCUGCUCAUGAUACAACACAAAAGGUGAUCAAAAAACAGAGGCUCGAACUCACUCAUACAGCAGAUCAUUGGAUCAGACCAUAAUCUAGCUGUGCACCCUGUCAGUGUGAACCAUUACAGUCAAUGGUGUGAACUCACAGCUAAAGAAAAAGUCACCUGACACCAGAUUUAAAAUAUGUUUCUGGAAAGAUGAACAAGAUGACAAUGCAUCGAGGUUGGAUAUUUUUUUUCAGCUUUAGUUUCCAUUAUUAAAAACAACAACCAGUAAAUACUAGUAAAGGAAACCACAAUAAACUAAAAUCGGGUGCAGGUAUCUUUUAAUUGUUUUUCCGUCUAGAAGACUUCGCUCAGGGAAGAAUGUUACCGGGGAUAGAGGAGGGUGUCCGCGGCGCCCGUCAGAUAAACAGCCGGUUCGUCGCACAGGGGCGAUAUCAAACUGAUCACAGAGGUUAUAUCAGUCAUCUCACAGACAAACACGUUUAUAUGACACGCGGCUCAAACGUCUCGCCGUGACGCUGUUUGAGUAGAGCUUCGGGGUGCCGUCAGUGUUUUGUAGUCAGGCAGCUGUAGAGGCAGCCACGGGGUCCCCACAUCCUUUUAACGGAGAGCGGUUUGUUUUUAACAGCAGCAAGCAAAAAGCGCUGAGUUUAACUCAAGUCUGGUGUUUCGAUGUUUUGGUGUUUUAAUUACUUUAAGUUAAUUUUAAACAGCCUUAAAAAUAGGAAAAGGAAAACGGCUAAUUUUCAUUCUCAUCUGCGUGACAGAAGCGGAAAACCGUCAGUUGGUGUCUGACCUUCUUUUCUGUGCGUCUUUGCUGAUUUGAUGAAAGCCCAGUGGGGACAACCACAUGUUUUAAGAGCUUUCUUCUUUGCAUGUGUGUUCCUUUUCUUUCUUUUGUCCUUCUACUUGCACUUUGUUUUUUCACAUAUCUGUACCAGUGGCUAAGUGCUGUCCCCUUUGAAAGUUUUACUUUCCACUACUUCAGGUAAAGGUGGCACUGGGGAGCCCGUGGCUCAUGCAUCUGUACACAUGUAGUGGUAAGGCAGAGGUCUGAUCACUCAUGUUCAUCUCUGCUCUAUCCACACAAACAGGUCAGUAAUCGGUGUUUAAGUGAUUAGAGCAGCUGACAAGAUUAAAUCCCUCUGACUGGUCUGUUUUUUAGGUGACGCAUCCACCUGGGAUCCAGAUUCUUCUUCUGUGGUGGAAUCAUGGAACUGGCCUAUGUGUGUGAGUGGGAGAAGCGUCCGAAGAGCACGCACUGCCCUUCCAUCCCGCUGGUCUGCUCCUGGUCCUGCAGGAACCUCGUGGCCUUCACCACAGACCUGAAGAGCGAGGACGACGACAAGAAUGUGAGUCACAUGAUCCAUAUCAUCGACACUGAGCACCCCUGGGAUGUUUUCUCCAUCAACUCUGGACACACUGAGGUCAUUUCCUGUCUGGAGUGGGACCAAUCAGGCUCACGGCUGCUGUCUGCAGACGGCGACGGGCAGAUCAAAUGCUGGUCGAUGUCGGAUCACCUGGUGAAUAGCUGGGAGAGCGUCCUGUCGAGCUCGCUAGACGGAGACCCCAUCAUCGCUCUCAGCUGGCUGCACAAUGGUGUCAAGCUGGCACUGCACGUGGAGAUGUCUGGCUCCACAAACUUCGGGGAGAAGUUCUCACGGGUGAAAUUUUCACCGUCCCUAACGCUGUUUGGCGGUAAGCCAAUGGAGGGCUGGCUGGCGGUGACGGUGAGUGGUUUGGUGACUGUGUCGCUGCUGAAGCCGGGCGGCGCUCUGCUGACGGCGAGCGAGAGCCUGUGCCGGCUGAGAGGGCGCGUGGCGUUGGCCGAUAUCGCCUUCACCGGAGGAGGGAACAUUGUGGUGGCUGCCACAGAUGGCAGCAGCUCUUCGCCUGUGCAGUUCUACAAGGUGGUGGUCAGUGUGGUGAGUGAGAAAUGUCGCAUUGACACUGAGCUGCUGCCCUCACUUUUCCUGCGCUGCACCACCGACCCGCUGAGGAGGGAGAAGUACCCCGCUGUCACCCACCUCAAGUUCCUGACCCGGGAGAACUCUGAGCAAGUUCUGCUGUGUGCGUCCAAUCAGAACGGCAGCAUCGUGGAGUGCUGGUCUCUGAGGAAGGAGGGACUUCCUGUUAAUAAUAUCUUCCAGCACCGUUCGCCAGUGGUGGGAGAGAAGCAGCCGACCAUCCUAAAAUGGCGGAUCCUGACGACCACCAGCGACCUGGAGCGUGUGUCGGCUGUCGCUCUGCCCAAGCUGCCCAUCUCCAUCUCCAACACUGACCUGAAGGUGGCGUCAGACACCAAGUUCUGCCCCGGACUCGGUCUGGCUCUGGCGUUUCAUGAUGGCAGCAUCCAGAUCCUGCACCGCCUCUCCCUCCACACCAUGGGCGUGUUCUACGGCGCCUCCUCGGCACAGCGCCCUGGAGAUGAGUCGGCCAUCAAGCGCCAGAGAACCACCGGCCCCGCCGUCCACUUCAAGGCCCUGCAGUUCUCCUGGACCUCAUUGGCUCUGGCUGGAGUUGACAACCACGGCAAGCUCCACAUGCUGCGUGUGUCGCCCUCUAUGGGCCAGGUGCUGGAGAUGAACACGACGCUGCGUCACCUGCUGUUCCUGCUGGAGUACUGCAUGGUGACGGGUUACGACUGGUGGGACGUGCUGCUGCAUGUGCAGCCCAGCAUGGUGCACAACCUGGUGGAGAAGCUGCAUGAAGAGUACAUGAGGCAGAACCAGGCGCUGCAGCAGGUUCUGGCGACACGCAUUGUGGCAGUGAAGGCUUCUCUCUGUAAACUCUCCACGGCGACAGCGGCUCGAGCGUGUGACUUCCAUGCCAAGCUGCUGCUUAUCGCUAUCAGCUCCACCCUCAAGUCUCUGCUGAGGCCUCAUGUCCUCAACACCCCGGACAAGAGUCCUGGAGACCGACUGACAGAGAUCUGCGCCAAAAACACAGACACAGAUAUCGAUAAGGUGAUGAUCAACCUGAAGACGGAGGAGUUUGUACUGGAUGGUCCUCCUCUGCAGUCUCUGCAGCAGCUCAUCCAGUGGGUGGGAGACUUCGUCCUGUACCUGCUCGCCAACCUGCCCAACCAGGGCUCUAUGGUCCGGCCCGGGUUUGGCUUCAUGCGGGACGGGGCGUCUCUGGGGAUGCUGAGGGAGAUGCUGGUGAUGAUCCGGAUCUGGGGUCUGCUGAAGCCUGGCUGUCUGCCCACCUUCACUGCCACGUCGGACAACCAGGACAGCAUGCUGCUGCUGUUCAGGCUGCUCACCAAGCUGUGGCUCUGCUCACGGGAUGAUGGCGCCCCCCAGGACCCCGACGACAGUCUGAUCGACGAGUGCUGCCUGCUGCCGAGCCAGCUGCUGGUGCCCAGCAUGGACUGGCUGCCCGUCAACGACGGCGUGAUGGUGAAGCUCCAGGGCAAGCACCCACUCAGGCUGCAGUUUGGCAAGGCCUCGUCCCUGCCCAGCAACACCCCGCCCACACCUCUGGAGGUGUUCAACAGGACUCCUGGCUCCCAGAGGAUGGAUAACCUGCGUUGUGUUCACAUGGGCGUCUGUCCCACCGAGGAGAGCAAAGCCUGCACCAGGUGCGGCUGCGUGACAAUGCUCCGUUCGCCCAACAAGACAAACGCCAUGAAGCAAUGGGAGCAGCGCUGGAUUAAGAACUGUCUGUGUGGCGGUCUGUGGAGGAGGAUCCCGCCCACGUUCACCUGAAGUGGUGACACUUCACCACCUGUUGUUGUGGAGCUUAUUCACAUCCCAAACCUAUUGACCAAUCAGGUUCCUGAAAAUGGUCUUUAAUAUCCAGCUCAGAACCGGCUUCAUGAGACCAGUUUCUGUGUGAGGCACAGGGACUGAAUCCAGUUCCGAUUGAUCGUUGGAGCUGCACUUUGUACAUAAACAGCAUUUUUCUAAUAAAGCCAACCAAACUGAA